AUGCGCACAUUGAUCACCUUUCUCUGCGUUCUUCUCACUUUAGCGGCUCUUGUCUCAGCUCGGCCUAAAGAUUACGACUACUUGAGCGAAAUGAGGUGCCCAGACACAAAUAUGGCCAUCACCACCAUAAAAAACAUCAUCACACCGCUGGCGACUCAAAAGAUUUUCUCAAGACGAAUCGGCUUGGCAAGCUACGCAAAUAUUUCGAGGAUCACUACUUGUAAAGUGUCACUCGAAUCACUGAAGAGCUCCGGUUCCUCGGGCAUCCUCGGACGCUUCCUCGGACGUGAUAAAAGCAAACCGAGGACCAACCAAAUGUCAACAGCGGGAAACGAUGAGGAGGAAGAAGCUGAGCAAGGAAAUGCGGACGUGAGCUCCAGAAGCGUUUACGAUUGCGAUAUUGCCACGAAAAUACCGCUCGAAGAUCUAAUAGCUGACGAAUCGACGCUGAAACUGAUGCAGAAAUACGUAGAAAAAGCAACUCACCGUCUCAGAAAUGAGUAUAAUCGAAGAUUCGCUAUCGAGAGUUGCGAAACAAUGUGCCUUAAUGGGAUUCCCGCUUUCUUCGACUAUAAACAAUCAUUGAGUUGUCGCAUCAACUCGUACUAUUUAGAUGUUUACGGGAAAGUGUCACUCAAUUUACCAAAAUUAUUGUAUGAUUUGGGGAAAUUCGAACAUAAAUUGGCGGAGGCACAAUAUUUUCUCUCUUCUUUCAAAUACGAUCGAGGAACGAUUCCUAUUCAACGCAACAUCUACGAUUUCACGAAGUUCUUAACGAAAACUCAUCGCCUCAUUCAACAUCAUCAAUGGGAUCAGUUGGGGAAAGUCUGUGCACUCGAGGAAAGCCUCCGAAAGUCAUGUGAAUUUAAGUUAACGAAAAAGUGGCUCUUCGCUUCGGAUAAACAGAAAUCUCGUCGCUACUUCGUUCCUCCUAGCAAAUUGAACACGCAAACGAAGAAAAUCAUGGUGCCAAUAUUUCUCAAUACUAUACUGCAAAGAGCAAUCGUCUCAAAGGUUUCUUCGAAGGCAAAAGGUCAUUUUGUUCUCCAACAAGCGAUGACGUUAAUCAAAACUCAUCGCGCAUGGAGCCUGGAUGAUAACGCUCUGCUGGCUCAAUUCGCUUACAUGGUGACGAUGACACUCUUCGCAUGGGGCGAACUCGAACUUGUUGGCUUGUUACUGAAAUAUCGACAAUCGUCAAUGUUGUCAGGAAAAAAUCAAAAAUAUAUGCUGGCAAUCCAGUUGAUGCACAAAUACUUCACAGAGAGGCCGACAAGUCAACAUGGAGUUAAGGAUUUAGCGAAUGAGCUUUUGGGUUGUGCUUCAGAAUUUGGAAUUGGAGAUGAGGGUUCACUUCUUGCCGAAAUGGCAUUACGUGUUAUGGCUCAAUCUGGGCAAUUGGACGACGAGACAAGUUUAUCGGAUAUACUUGACGAGUUGAUGGAGAACAGCUCGCUUAUCACAACGACGAUUACCACGUUGAAUAGCUUCAAUUUGCAAGAUGUCGAGCAAAGGAUUAAAGAUAUGUUACCCUACCAGAAGCCGAACGUUCAUUGUGCCGAUGAGCUGUGGGUUUUGUGGGCGGAAGGCACGAUACAAAACAAUCCCGCGUCACAUUUGGAAAUCGUGCAAACAAUGUUUGCGUUUUUGGAUUACGCGGAGAAUCAAAAAAAUUGGAGAGCCUGGGCUGUCCUGAAUCGAGCUCUUCAAGCAACAGAAGAGACUCUGUGGUCGAAUUUGUGGCUGGAAAGAAGUAGCUGGUGGCCAACUUUUCAUCACUCCACCGUUGAUGAGUCGGAUGAGGCGACGAUUCGGAGGAAAAUGGUUUUCACGGCCGUGCAUCCGGAUGAGCAAAAAUUCUUCAACACUGCGCUCGGCUUGGUGAAAUCGGCGGGAAGGAUUGUUCGUGAAGCUUUCGAGCAACCGGCUUCUGCUGUUGAGACGAAAUCGUCAAACACUGACCUUGUGACGGAAACGGAUCGAGCCGUGGAACGCUAUCUGAUUGAUGGACUACAUGCAGCUUUUCCUGAUCAUAAAUUUAUUGGCGAAGAAUCGGUAUCGGGUGGUGCAAAAAUUGAGUGGACAGAUGCGCCCACGUGGAUAAUCGAUCCAAUUGAUGGAACGACAAAUUUUGUGCAUAGAAUUCCGUUGAUUGCCAUUUGUGUGGGACUUUCGAUAAACAAGGAGUUACGAGGAGGAAUCGUUUACAAUCCAAUCACAAAUGAACUCUAUACAGCGCAGGUUGGAACUGGGGCCUUCAAGAACGGUUUUCCAAUUCACGCUUCGUCGACACAAGAGCUCUCAAAAGCGGUGAUCGCGAUCUCAUUGGGAAUUCACAACUUGAGAGAAUCAUUCGGUGCAAAAUGGACCGAUCUCAAUUUCGAGAAUCAACGAAAGCUGGUUCAAGCCGGAUUUCGAGGAAAUCGCUCGUUUGGGUCGGCGGCGAUUAACAUGAUGAUGGUUGCACAAGGGAGUGUUGAUGGGUACAUUGAGUACGGAAUUCAUGCGUGGGAUGUGGCGGCAGCUGCGGUGAUCAUUCGAGAAGCCGGAGGGACUAUCAUCAGUCCGGAUGGUUCUCCAUUCAACGUGAUGGGUCGUUGUGUUCUUUGCACGGGCACUCCACAACUUUCGUCGACCAUCUCGACCAACUUCACGCACGUCCAAUUUCAAGCCGAGGCU